AUGGAUCUCGCGGGGAUGAAGCGGCGGGAGCUCCAGGCGCUCUGCAAGCGGCACGGCCUUCCCCGCCGGGGGCUCCAACGCCGACCUCGUCGCUCGUCUCGAAGCCGCGCUCUCGGUGAGGACACCACGCGCUACCCCGGGACCGCUAGUGCGGAGGAGGAGGUGGCCGGAGUGCCGGCGAGGAAGGGGUGUCUGAAGCAAACAGAUGGAGAUGCUGCCGAGGCGAAGAAGGUUACUUUUGCGGUGGAGGAAGGGAAGGCAAGGAGACUGAGGUCUCGGGUCAUCUGGUCGCCGAUUGCCCCCAAGACAAGGGGAAAGUCUGCUCAAGCCCGUACUGACUCUGCUGCUGCUGCUGAAGAUAGUAUUUCUGCAGAGGUGGUCGCAGAUGUCCCGGUGAGGCGGUCCAGGAGGAAUUCGGUGUGUGCUGCCGAGGCUGAGGAAGCAGGAGAGGCUGUUGCUGUUGAUAGGAAGCGCAAGCGCAAGAACCAGGAGAAUGAUGAGAGUGUCGCUAUCAGUGCUCAGGUUGGGGUUUCGUCUAGAGUGAUGAGAAGGUCAAGUUUGGCGGGGGUUGGUGUUGUGUUGCCUCCUGUUGUUGAGAAGAAGAGAGGGAGGGGAAAAGCAGCUGGUGGUAGUAAUAAACUUGUUGCUGAGGUUCAAGACAGUGAGCCUGAUGUGCAGAAUUCGGCUCAGGUGGACGUAUCAGCUAGGAUUACAAGAUCUCGUGCAACAGCACCUGUUGUAAUGUCACCCACUGUCGUUGAGAACAAGAGGAGGAAGACCGGAGAUGCACGAACAAAUUUAGAGCUGCCUACAGUCUUAGAUGUGCCUAGAAAUGAUGCUCCUGUCACCAGGUCUUUGAGGAGCAGAGUUGUCCAGGUUAACAACAGUAUGGUGGACGAAACUCACACUGCCAGGCAGCUGGAAAACAAGAUGCAACCCAGUAGGCCACCUACUCGUAGGCAUCAACAGGUUUCAUCUUCUGUGGAGGACAAAAAUCAAGAACAAACUGCUGCUCCCAAUAAGGCUCCCAUAUUGAGGCGAUCAGGGAGAAAUCAUUCUGAAGAUGCUGAGAAGCAGCCAAAAGUUAAAGAUCCGGUUAAGCGAUCAACACGUAAAUCUGUUGUCCUAGCUACACUUGAGAAAGAGGAGAAUGAUCUAAUUGAAGAAAAGAACCCUGAAGCACAUGUUAGGAGAUCAAUGAUGAAAUCAAUUGUGCCGGUUAAAGAUAUCAAAGGUAUUGGUGAAAAGAUUCAAAAUGCUAACAGUGAAGAUGCGGUGAAGCAAGCAGCAACUAAAGGACCUGUUAGGGGAUCGAGACGUAAAUCCGUUGUCUCAGAAUUGCAUAAGAAAGAGAAGGGUCUCAUUGCAGAAAAGAAUACGGAAGCACAUGAAGGGAGAUCAAUGCGGAAACCUGUAGUGCCAGUUAAAGAUAUUAAAGCUGUUGUUGAAGAAAUUCAAAAUGCUAAGGGCAAAGAUGUGGAGAAGCAAUUUGUUGUGAAGCAACCUACUAGGCGCUCAUCACGCAAAUCUGUUCUGCCUGAUAUACUUGAGAACAAUAGUGGACUUCUAGCAGCAGAAAUGAAUGCUGAGAUGAAUGUUAGGAGAUCAACACGGAAGUCUGUUCUUCCUAAUAUGCUUAAUGAGGAGAACCAAAAUCACAAUAAAAUUGCCAGAAAUGAGAACUUUCAAAGUGGUAAAUGUCAAGAUGAUGAGAGGCAACAGAAAGUAAAGGAACCUAUUAGGCGAUCAAGGCGGUCUGUGGUUGCAGUGCCGUUUGAGGAACAAAAUAAUGGUCUUUAUGAGGAAAAAAUAUCAAAAAUUCCUAUGAGGAGAUCAACACGUAAAUCUGUUGCUCUUAAUGAAGUUGAAAAAGUGAGCAUGAAUGACACUGAAAUAGUUGCACGGGAACCAGAAAGAGUUGGUGAAGAGGGCUUGAAAUUGAGGAAGCACAAAAUUUCUUCGCUGGAAAUAUCCUCUUCAGCUAAUGAUUCCAGGAAGAUGGAGGAUUUUGAUGGACAGAAGUUCAGGAGGCAGCAGAACGCACAAAUCUCAAAUGAAAAGGGUAACACAGGGGGAACACUGCAGGCAUCAAAUUCCACAACUUUAAAGGGAAGGUCUUCAAAGAGGAGACGGACAACUGCUUCAGAAGAAGUGAGGUCUGUCAAGGAGGCAAAUGAUGACAUAAUUAUCAGGGAAGCAACAAAGGAUGCACACAAAGCUACUCAUGAGAAUAAGGAGUCUGGUAGCAGAGUUCAAGAAUUUGGUCAGGUUAAUGCCACAAGAGAAGAACACUCUUCAGGACCAUUGCUUGUAACAGUGACACUCACUGAAGAAAUUUCCACAGCGCAGAGUGUACGUGUGGUGAUACCUGGGUCAGAAUCUGGUGACAAUUCAAACGAAAGUUCAGAUAAGAGUAAGCAGGAACAUUCUGACAUUCAGGCUGUUGAUAGCCAUUUAUCUGAAACAAGUGGGGAAUUAGACCAAUCAUCUUGCAUCGCUGGACUAGUUCUACACAAUUUUGAUGUCUCAGAGGACAAAUCAUUGAUGAGCAAAGAUGGUUUAUCAAUUGAUUUCACUGUUGGAGAUCGUGAAGAGCAAAGCCCUGUAUCCGGAGAAGGGAGAGUUGGUUUGGAAGCAAAUGCCAGCGAGCCUGGGCAACAGAACCUUGCUAACGUCAAGUCCACUGGUCUCCAUGCCAAAAGUCUGCAACAUGAUACUGACAUAAUAGCUGAAAAGACUGAUAAAGAUGUUUUGCCUAUGGCUUUCCUUAUUGAAGAGCAUGGAGAAAAAUAUGCAGUGAGCCCUGUAGCUGUUGAAAAGAGCGUCAGUUCGGAAGCAAGUGCAUGUGAAUCUGCAGGAAAACCUCUAACUGGCAUCUUUUCUAACGAUCUCCACACCAAACAUCUGCAACAUGAUUCUGAUGUGCUAACUAAAGAGACUGGUGAAGCUUCUGGAGCUGCCCUACCAAUAUCAGAAUCAGAUACUAAUGCAGAAAUUCAAUGUAAUGCUGAAGAAAGCAUUCGAGCUGCUGAUCUUGGGAAAUGUCCCAGCAGGGUCAGCAAAGGGAACCCUUAUUUGACAAGUCUGCCCUUGGAAAGUGCUGCUGAUGAUUGUAUUCUUCCAGUACUGAAUGGUGAUAAGGGAUGUUCAUCAGAUGGAAGACCUUCGUCAUUUGGUCUUGAGUUUCUGUUUGCAGAAGCGUGCGAAGAAAGCUAUUCCAAAAAUAUAGUAAAUACUGUUGGAGAUUGUGAAGAGCAAAGCCCUAUAUCCGGAGAAGGGAGAGUUGGCUUGGAAGCAAAUGCAAGCAAGUCUGGGGAAAAGAACAUUGCUGAUAUCAUGUCUACUGGUCUCUACGCCAAAAGUCUGCAACAUGAUACUGACAUAAUAGGUGAAGAGACUGAUAAAGAUGUUUUGCCUAUGGCUUUCCCUAUUGAAGAGCAUGGAGAAAAAUAUGCAGUGAGCCCUGUAGCUGUUAAAAAGAGCGUCAGUUCGGAAGCAAGUGCAUGUGAAUCUGCAGGAAAACCUCUAACUGGCAUCUUUUCUAACGAUCUCCACACCAAACAUCUGCAACAUGAUUCUGAUGUGCUAACUAAAGAGACUGGUGAAGCUUCUGGAGCUGCCCCACCAAUAUCAGAAUCAGACACUAAUCCAGAAAUUCAAUGUAAUGCUGAAGAAAGCAUUCGAGCUGCUGAUCUGGGGAAAUGCCCCAGCAGGGUCAGCAAUGGGAACCCUUAUUCGACAAGUCUGCAAUUGGAAGGUGCUGCUGAUGAUUGUAUUCUUCCAGUGCUGAAUGCUGAUAAGGGAUGUUCAUCAGAUGGAAGACCUUCGUCAUUUGGUCUUGAGCUUCUGUUUGUAGAAGCAUGCAAAGAAAGCUAUUCCAAAAAUAUAGAAAAUACUGUUGGAGAUUGUGAAGAGCGAAGCCCUAUAUCCGGAGAAGGGAGAGUUGGCUUGGAAGCAAAUGCAAGUGAGUCUGGGGAAAAGAACCUAGCUGAUAUCAUGUCCACUGGUCUCUACGCCAAAAGUCUGCAACAUGAUACUGACAUAAUAGCUGAAGAGACUGGUAAAGUUGCUGAAGAAAGCAUUCGAGCUGCUGAUCUGGGGAAAUGUCCCAGCAGGCGCAGCAUAGGGAACCCUCUUUCGACAAGUCUGCACUUGGAAGGUGCUGCUGACGAUACUAGUCUUCCAGUAGUGAAUGCUGAUAAGGGAUGUUCAUCAGAUGGAAGACCUUCGUCAUUUGAUCUUGAGUUAAUGUUUGCAGAAGAGUGCAAAGAAAGCUAUUCCAGAAAUGCAGAAAACAGUGCUGUAGAAAUUGAUGGUGGAAACAAACCUAGCACCCCUGUGACACCUGGUUUCUAUGUGCAAUCUGAUCGUCUGGAAGAUGAGGAUGUGCAACCUACUGAAUGUGAUGCUGACAAGAAACUUGAUGAUGAUGAAGGUGUCGUAGAAGAAGCUCAAGAGAAAAGUAAUGAUCAGCAUGUUCCUGCCAAGACUGACCUAAACAUGAAGUUAAACAAUGAACUUUCUGGUCCUGGUACGGAAUCAAGUUGUAGCAUUACUGAAAAGAACACAAGGUUUGUUGCAGAUAAUCUUGAUGAACAAGCUAUAAUUCUGGUCCAACAUGGUGAUGUGCAAGAAGGUGACCUCAAGAAACCUUCACCAUGUUCAACAACACCAGAGUGUAAACAUAAAUGUGGUUUGCCUGAGGAAACAGUAUUGCCCCCAAAGAACACGGGAUCUCUAUCAAGUGCAGAACAAUCACCAUUUGGCCUGGAGUCUUUGUUCUCACAGGAAAACAUAGAUGAAUCUAUGAGAUUUGCGACAGCUCAUACUAAAAAUGGAUUUGAUGAUUCAAAAGAUUGCCAUGUCAAGUCUGCACUCGAAAAUACUCUUGUGUCAGAACCUUUUUCACACCAUGAAGAUAUUGAUGGUGGAAACAAACCUAGCACCCCUGUAACACCUGGUUUCUAUGUGCGAUCUGAUUGUCUGGAAGAUGAUGUGCAACCUACUGAAUGUGAUGCUGACAAGAAACUUGAUGUUGAUGAGGGUGUCGCAGAAGAAGUUUUAGCUCAGGAGAAAAGUAAUGAUCAGCAUAUUCCUGCCAAGACUGACCUAAACAUGAAGUUAAACGAUGAACUUGCUAGUCCUGGUACAGAAUCAGGUUGUAGCAUUACUGAAAAGAACGGAAGGCUUGUUGCAGAUAUUCUUAAUCAACAGGCUAUAAUUCAGGUGCAACAGGGCGAUUGGCAAGAAGGUGACCUCGAGAAACCUUCACUAUGUUCAGCAAAACCAGAGUGUAAGCAUGAGUGUGAUUUGCCUGAGGAAACAGUAUUGCCCUCAAGGAACACGGGACCUCUACCAAGUGCAGGACAAUCACCAUUUGGCCUGGAGUCUUUGUUCUUGCAGGAAAGCAUAGAUAAAUCCGUGGGGUAUGGUGCACUUGCUUCUGCAACAGCUCAUACUGAAAAUGGAUUUGAUGAUUCAAAAGGUUGCCAUGUGAAAUCUGCACUCGAAAAUACUCAUGUGUCAGAACCUUUUUCACACGAUGAUAUUUCCAAAAAUGAUGAUUGUAUGCGAACAUCCCUGCAAGAUAUUGGAAUGGAAGGAUUACCAGAGGCUAACCUUGAUGAAGAACGGGUCCUGUCAGUCUUUUCAUUGGAUGCAAAGCACAUAAAGGAGGUCAUUAAUUUUGAGGAAGUGGCUUGUGAGGGUGAAGGAAGUAAGAAGUUUGUCCAUUCUGAAGAGCUUAAAGCUUCAUCUGAGAAAACAAAUGUCAAUGGGCCAGAUGGCAAUGCACAUGGUAUUACUGAUGCUGUACUGAGCAGUGCACUGCACACUCCUGACAGUGACAACUAUGAGAUAUGUUUGGGUUCCAAUACUGACGUGCUGCAUCAGGGUCAUAAUGAUCAGUGCAGUGAUGACACAGAAGAUAUUAUUGAGGAUGCCUCUGCCAAGUACAUAGAAAGGGGAAUUGUACUACUCUCAGGUAAAGAAAGAUCAAAUUUAAAAGAUGGGGAACUUAACUCCAAGUUGGAGGGAGCAAAAGUUGUGGAAUCUGGUCUUUACUUCAAUAAGGAUAUUGGUAACAUUUUAGAUAGUGAAUCAAUCAAUGUUGAACAACGGGUUAAAGUACACCAUAGCUCUGAUCUGUCUCACUUGGAUGAACUGAUUGGGUGUUCCAAUACUGAAAUGCUGCGUCAGGGUCACAAUCAUAAAGAUCGAUCCAAUGUGGAUAGGGUAGAGCAAGUUGCUUCUGAACCCUGCACAAAUGAUAUUGUUGAGGCUGCUGCUACUCCCAAGUGCAUAGAAAGCGGACAGGUGCUGCCCCCAUCUGAAGAGAGGUCUAAUUUGAAUGAUGGGCAGCUUAACCCCAAGCUGGAAAGCCCAAACAUUAUAGUAUCUGGCCUUAACUGUGAUAAAGAUGUUUGUAAUACUUCAGACAAUGGAUCUAUUGUGGCCGUUGUUGGUGAAAGAACUCCAUCUGGUUCUGGUUUACCAGAAGAUUAUCCUAAGGAUCAUUACCCACGACAAGAGCUUUCAGAUGGCUUCUCAGUGGAAUCAUCUCUUCAAGGCACUAUAUUUGGGAAGACAAUUUUUUCUGGUGUAGCAGGAAUUGGGAAUCCUUCAACAAGUUUAGCAACUCCUGAUUAUAAAUAUGAAGGUGCUUUGUCUGAGGAAGCAGUGUGCAGAAUGAAUAAUUAUACUGGAACUAGCUCAGUAGAUCCCAGACACUUAGUCAUGGACCUGCAGUCUCUUUUCUCGGAGGGAAGUACUGAAAAGUCUGAUCUGCAAGAUAAUCUUGCAUUUCCAGGUGCUGAGAGCGGAAGGGAUGAACGUAUUAUUUGCCAUGUUGAGAGACUAGUUGACACACAUGUUUCUUCUGAACCUGAUACAUACCAAGGUCCUUGUCGAGAUCUCAGCAGACAUGAAGAAAGAGAGAGUUGCGUGUCUGUUCCCAUGCAAGUCAAAGAGAGUGGAGGGUUCUUGAGGUCUAGCCACAUGAAAGGUUCACUUACAUCAGUCCAGAUUGAUUUGGCUGAUGAUGCCCAUCUUAUUGAAAGGGAUAUUGUUGCCGCCGUGGAAGUGCUUUGUGAGGAGAAAGUGGAAACAAAGUCUAUGCCUACUUCAGAUAGUGAUAUCCUCCAAGAAAAAUCAUACUCCAAUGGACAUGGAAUUUGUCAAUCUCGCAGCCAGAAACAUUUAAUUGAAGCAAACUCCAGGCUAUUUAGUUGUGGUACCGAAGUGGUCCAUCAAGAUCAUAAAGAGUGCAACGAACCUAAUGAAGGUAAAUUCAGUCCAAAAGCCCUUGUUGAAAACAUGACUGAAGAUGCACCAAUUGAAGGAAUAGGAAGUUCAAUGAUGGUGCCCUUGGUUGCUGGAAUGUCAAAAAUACCUGGUGAGCAGCUUAACACUAAGAUGAGUGAUGAAAGUGAGGAACUCAGCUUUAGCUGUGAUAAAGACACAAUUGAAAAUUUCUGUACUGGGCCAGCAAAAAGGGAUCUGUACCCAUUGCCCAAAGACUUCCAUAUAGACUCUUGCCAGAAACAGGAGGUCCCAGAAGUCCUUUCUUCACCUAAAUCUCCUGAAGAAUCCGCGAAAUUUCAGUGUGCGAGUCUUUCAGGAUCAGGGCCUUGCCAGCAGCAUGUGAAUGAAAGCACCAGUAUGCAAGUGACUUGUAAUAUUGAACCGCUCUAUCAGGAUCAUGAGGAAUACAAUCAAAAUAAUGAAGACCAAACCCCUCCUGGUAUCCCGUCUAGCAGUGUGCCUGAAGCUGUAGAGAUUGAACAGUCAGAAAUGGAAAUAGGUCUGAUCCCUACUGCAGAAGCAUCAGUGUUGCCAGUUCCAGAUGAGCGGCUUAACAAUAAGCUGGAGGGCAAUGAAGAUAAUCACCCAAAUGAUCUUCCUGCUCCAAGAUCUGAACAAUCUGCAUAUUUUCAGAACAAUGACUUGGGUUCAAUAGAUGAACUCCGUGCUAAGCUGCAGGGUUUCAAAGUUUCCAGCACCGUAAAAGGAAGCUACAUCGCUAUGAGCGCCCCUCGUCCGAAGCCUAGGGACAGCAUGAGUCAAUCUGCAAUCGUGCUGCUCAGGAACAUAGAGAACACACCUGCUGUUAAAGCUGGCCAUCCUGUCAAGCCGAAUGCUGAUGCAUGCUCAUGUAAUUGGGAACAAUUUAGCAUGCUAAGAAUUGCAUCUAAAAGGGGGAAAAAGUAUCAUAACGAUGCAAGUGAAAUCUCCAAGAUUGCACCCAGAAUCCAGAAAAAGGGAAAAGGUCCUGAUUAG